UUCCCUUUACUCCAUUGGACUGAGCCGCUGUCAGUCGGUUUCCCUCACGCUGAACAACCUCCGCGUCUCCGGCUCUCUGUCUGCUGAGACCGCUGUCAUAUUGGCUGCUAGAAGCAGCAGCGACCACGGCAGAAAAGAAGACCCCCGCCAUGAUGAAGAACGAGGUUUCGCGGCACUUAAAGAAUAAUUUAGCUUUUUAAAUAAUUGUGAUUAGUAUUUAACCAAUAAUUUUUUUUAAAUAUUCGGGAUGAUACCAUCAAGUAUCCAAGUACCUUUAGUGCUUUCAUCCGACACCGUGGUCCGCAAGGGGGAUGUAUGCCUGACUUCUCUUAAUAGCCAUUUUUUGCAGACAAAGAGAGCUUUUGAAUAGGGCUUUCAAAAGGCACAAGGGUCCCAGGGGCUCCUAUUGAUGAAGAAAGUGUGCAACAUGUGGAGCAACCUGAAGAACAAAUGUCAGACACUCUUUCACAACAACAGUUCAGGACCCAGUGAAAGCAGGGUUGGGGCCGAUGCCGUCCACUGUGUGGUGGAUCUUGGCCAAGGUGGCAGCUCAGGUGAGGCUCAGGUAUCAGGAGCCUCCAGCCCAUCACGGAACCUCCUACCAGUGCCAAUAGUAACGGCAGGACGCCGCCAUCAUAACUGUGUGUCAGACAUCCCUCAGAUAGUAGAGAUUACUAUCGACAAGGACACUGAGGAUGUGCGGGGGGGAUCAGGGGUUGUUCCCCUGGCCCGGAGAGACUCCUAUUCCCGUCAUGCUCCAUGGGGGGGCAAGAAAAAACACUCAUGUUCCACGAAAACCCAGAGCUCUCUGGAGGCAGAUAGGCGGUCUGGGCGCUUACGGGGGAGUGGGAACCGUAGGGACAGACGUUAUGGAGUUUGUUCCAUCCAGGAGAUGAGCGACUCUGUAUCUGGAGGACGCAGUCUGAAUGCUCGGUCUUUGCGCCAGCGGCUCAGUGAUACAGUAGGGCUGUGCUUACCCCUGCCCGCUCGCAGACGCUCCCGCUCAUCGAAGAACCCUGUAACCUCCAAACGUAAGAUUCAUCUGACUGAGCUCAUGCUGGAGACCUGCCCCUUCCCACCAGGCUCAGACCUUGCUCACAAGUGGCACUUGAUCAAGCAACACACAGCACCGGUCAGCCCGCAUUCCUCUACUGCCCUUCUGGAUGCCUUUGACCCAGCCCACCCCUCUCCUGAAGAUGAGGAGGAACGUCUACGUGAGCGCCGAAGACUUAGCAUCGAGGAAGGUGUGGACCCACCACCUAAUGCACAGAUCCACACCCUGGAGGCCUCAGUGCCAGGCUCCUCUCUCUACAAACUGGGACCAAAGAUGGCUCCUGGCAUGGGAGAGGCCUCUGGGGAAGGCCGAGCCUCAGCGACUGGCAGCUCAGUGGGUGUUGGAUCAUCAGGGGCCUGUGGGCAGGUGUUGGGGGCAGCAGCGUCAGCCCAGGACUGUGACUCUGAGGAGGAUUCGACCACCCUCUGUCUGCAGGCCAGGAGGCCCAAGCAGAGGCAUGCCUCUGGGGAAGGCCACCUAAGCCGGCAGCAACCUGGGCCCUGGAAGGUUCAUACCCAGAUAGACUAUAUUCACUGCCUGGUGCCGGACCUAUUGCAAAUUACAGCUCUGCCCUGCUACUGGGGCGUGAUGGACCGCUACGAGGCUGAGGCAUUGCUGGAUGGACGGCCAGAGGGCACCUUCCUGCUGCGUGACUCAGCCCAAGAGGACUACCUCUUCUCCGUUAGCUUCCGCCGAUACAACCGCUCACUGCACGCCCGCAUCGAGCAGUGGAACCACAACUUCAGCUUUGACGCUCAUGACCCUUGUGUUUUCCACUCUUCCACCGUCACAGGACUGCUGGAGCACUACAAGGACCCCAGCGCCUGCAUGUUUUUUGAACCGCUGCUUACAGCACCUCUCCAUCGGACCUUUCCUUUUGGCCUGCAGCACCUGGCACGAGCCGCCAUCUGCCGCUGGACCACUUACGAUGGUAUAGGCUCUCUGCCUCUUCCCCCUGCCCUGCAGGACUUCCUCAAGGAGUAUCACUAUAAACAGAAAGUACGAGUUCGUUGGUUGGAGAGGGAACCGCCACUCAAGGUCAAAUAGGGUCGGCUUCUCCAUUGCCUGUAUACACACUGCAGGAGGAUUACAGAACUUGAGAAAUUCCUCAUUAGCCAAUUAGAGGCUAAUGACAUGGCUGUCUUUCUGGUGGGGGAUGGAAUUUAAAUGUAACAAGCUAUACAAGAUUCAUUCUAAUCUUUGUUUUAGUUAUUACUUACAUCACAGAAAAUACAUAUGAUUAUAUUCAGUAUAACGCUGUCUGGCAAGCACAUGUUUUUGUGUUGAAUAGGUUGUUUUGACAGGGAGGGAAGGCACAAAUGCUUUGUGUCUUUUCUCUCCUGCUUUGUGCUAAAUGUCUGCCUGAUCCCACGACAUCACCCUGCCUGUAGACCUGCCUGCAUGCCUCCCUUGUUCAUCCCAAAUUGCUAUUUAAGCCCACAUGGCUACAUUGUACAGUUCACUUUGUGCUUUCUCUAUUUUUUUUUUCUUCCUUAGUUUGUCAAAGCACCUAGUGGAGCACCUUCCCAAGAGCGUUUUAAGGUGUGUGUAGUUUUAGAGGGCAUCUGGAGGAGUUAUUGGUAUAUUGCAGUCAGCUUGUCCCAUGGAUAAAGCUACAUAAGGCACAUCCUUUGCCAUCUCUUUGCACGCAUGAGCAUCAGCUAAGCCAGAGACAGGGACAGAUUCUGAGAGGGUCCAUAGGGUUCAGGACAGCACAUCAGGGAAAUGAAGCGCUAUAGUUUAGUCCUUAACCCCCCCUCCCCCAUUAAUUUCUCCUUAAGCAGUAGUGGUGAAUGAUUUAGUGAGCAAGCUAAACUUAUAUUCCCACUGUGGCAUUGCUUUCAAAACAGGAGGGACAGAUUGUAAGAAAAUAUUCUGACAAUUCUUUCCAUUGCUACAGUUGUCAAAGCAGUCCUUUAGUUCUUCAUUGGCCACGGGCACUUCAGCUCUGUGCACACUAUUGUGCAUAUAUGUACACAGUUAAUUUCUUCCUGUAUGAAAUUUAGCUCCUAGAAUAACAUUUGAGCAGUCGGGUGUCUUUAUGGAAUUGUGUUAUAGCUUCAUAGUGUUUACAUCUGCUUCCUUCAGUUUACCAUCUUUUGGUGGCAUCUGGCAUACAGAAACCUUCGACCCUGUGUAUCCUCGUUGGUUAUUUUUCUUCACUAGACACCUGAGGGCACGUGUGACAAGUGGUAGGUGAAGACAAAUGAUGACAAUUCAAAAAUGCCAGUGUCCCUUUAACCGUCACGGUGAGUUGAUCUGCUCGUACUAGUGAGGCGUGUUUGGGAAUGGGCUGUUUGAUAGGAGACCCCAUAUAGUCCAAGAUCAUAAUUGGGGAGGACAGCUAACCUCACAUGAUACUUCAAAGACUCAACAAGAAUCUGCUUGUUAAAAUUGUGAACUACAACUUCCAUGAUUAGAUUGCAGUACCCUUUUCUGCCAUAAUUUAUAUUUCUUUUAUGAAACUUUCUUAAAAUGUGUUGAACUGUUUUUAUGAACUGUGUUAUCAACGGAAAGAGGUGAUGUAGUCUUUUCUUGGGAGUUGAUGUCCCCCACUUUACAACAUAUCACUAAGGUCUCAACCCCAACAAAAAUCCCCUCAUUGCCUGGUUGCAUUUAUAUUCAUAGUUAUAACAUUGAGUGCAGGCAACACUCAACUCUCGAGAGGUUGGCAUAUCUUUAAGAGAUGUAAUCUGAAUGAUUUUAGUUGCGUGACUUGGGACAAAAACACUGCUGGCUAGCCGGUCAUUUCUGUUGUGUUCUCCUUGUGAAGAGAAAAUAAGUGUCACCAGUGUGCCUUUUUAGAGAACCAUUUAUCUUGUUCCAUAAUCAGUUGCUUUGUAGUCGAAACCUGGAGCCAGGAGGUGCUUCAACACAGUCCUCUCGGAUGCCAUCAAAUGAGACUGAAGAAAAUAAUAAUGAAGAGGUGCAUGAGCUCUAAGCUCGCAUACUUAUGGUGCACGUCAAGUUUUUAUAAUGGAUAAACUUUUAGUGGUGCUAUACUGAUUAAGCUAUGACAGAUUAUUGAAAUGUUAAGUUGUACAUUAGUUAUAUCUGUUCUCACUCAAUAAUGCAUGCAUUAGUCUCUCACCACAUUAUGGCCUGUAUGGUAGUAUUAGGUUGUUAGUGGGUCCAAUGCCAGCCCUACUGUAACAUAUUUCAGUGCAAGUUAUCAAUAUCCAGCCCUCACUGUCGGUUCUAGUCUGCAACUUGACGUACAGAUCCUAAUGAGAGGGCAUGAAGGUUAACUCUGAAUAUAUUGCCCAAGUUAGCCAUCAGCAACAGUGUUUAAACUAAUUCAUCAGCAACACUGUUAGUUCUAACUCUUAAUUAGUAGUAAAUACACAUUACCUGGGUCUUUAGGAAUUUAAAUUAGUUGGACCUUUAAUAGAACAUGUGUGCAAAUGACUGUGAGAGGAUGUGAUGGGUGGAGACAAGCAGAGUGGUUCCCUUAAGGCAUUUAGAGAAAACAAUUUCUAACAUAAAUGUAAUUAACUGUAGAUGAAAACCCCCACAGGUAAUGUGUACAACUAUAAUAUUAAAGCUGAAACACACAUGAGAUCAUGAUCACUGGAAAGGUUAAUCUGUUAAGUUCUCAAACUAGUUCAUAUUUUAGUUUGUGUGUAUCAUGUGUCAACCUGCACAUAUGUUAAAGGUUAUUGUAGUUCUCAUCAGUGAGGAUGAAUCAUGAACAAAUGUUGUUUCUUCGCCCCUGAAUAUCUGAGUCUGUGACCAAAGCUCUUGCACACAGCUAUGUGUAAUAACUAGUAGGCUGAAGCUUAAUUAUUAAUGUGCUCAAUGGUGUUUAAAAUUAAGCAAAAUUAUAUUUCAGAUUUACAAACAAGUGAAAGUUGGUUCCAUACUACAGUAUGUUGGACUGCUCUUUUUUUGUUAGUAUAUUCAUAGGGUAGAACCUGGUGCUGUCAAGGUCACACAGAUACCCUGAAAUUCAACACUGAACACCUUCUUCCUGCCAAACCAUUAUCGUAUUUUCACUUAUUUAUCAGGCAAGCAACAAGACAUUUUUUAUGCAGGUGGUAAAAGAUAAUUGGUGUACGUAUAAGGGUUGAUAUUUCUCAUAUCUCACGAACCAAUUUUGACUUUCUCUACUGCAUUGUGAAUUGAUCAGAAUUUACCAAACAUUUUCCACUGCCCUGCACUUUGUUCUCAGAAAGCUUGAAUACCGCAUGUUAAUCACCUAUAUGUGUUUGAGUGCCAGGAGUGCGUGUUAAGUGUGUGUGGGGGGGGAUAAGGUUGACAUAUGAGUUUCUUGUAUGCCCUCUUUUAUAUUUCAGGAUUUUUAACAUCCACACUGUCAAAGAGAAGAAAUGCCUAUCUAUUUGAAAACCCACACACGUCAUACUAUCUUGCUCACUGUCACCUGUCUAUCAUGCUACUGACUAGCAAUAGCAUACCACUCCACACAGUGCCCCACCCCACUUGCAGGCACUAAUCACAGGCUAAUUGUACCAUGUUGGGAUUUAAAUUUACUGGGUACUAAAAGGGCCGCUCUGUGUCGCCUUAUGGCUGCUGUGUGGCUGAGGGAGGCCUUUUUUGUUAUUAUAUCCAACUGCUCGCUCUCCAUCUGGCCACAUCCCUAACAUCGCUGUGCUGAUGUCGAGGUGACUGUGGUGUAGAAUGAACUAAGGCCCGUUUGUCCUACUCUCUACUCUAUCCAACCCUGUUAGGGCAAUGUUAGGCUGAAGUUAACAUUAAGGAGCAGGAGGAGGAGGAGAGAUGGAGCUGUGUCACUGAGAGCGCUGGCUUCCUGUUGUGGCAACGGCGUGCUCACAGAGAGGGCUAGGGAUUUCUUGGAAGUAAAUAGCACUUUAAUUGUGUAUUUGUGUUCUACAGUGCAGUCUAAGUAUUAGGACAGUGACACGUUUUUCGUUGUAUUGGCUCUUUACUCCAGCAUAUUGGAUUUAAAAUGACUAGUUGGGCUUAGUGACAACUUUGCAUCCAUAUUGGGUGAACAAGAUAGGAAUGUUACCGCUUUUUGUACAAAGGCCCCCACUUUUAGAAAUUGUACAACUUUUAACAAACUUAAGUCAUCAUAUUUAGUAUUUGGUUGAACAGCGUUUGCAAUCAGUCACUGCUGAAUUCUGACACAUAUAUGAGCAGCCACUUUGUCUGUGGUAAUGUUCUGUGAAGCCUGUAACUGCUGUCAUGUUUGUUCUUGCUUGUUUUGGUAAUUGUUUGCCUACAGUCUGGUCUUAAGCAAGUGAAACAUCCUCAGUUGGUCUGAGGUCAGGUGACUUGGCCCUCAUCGGUUGCCUUGUCUGUAUGUUAAAGAUCAUCGUUCGCCUACUUUUACUUGAAAUUGGGUGAUUGCAUAUGAAAAGAGCUACGAUUCCCACUCAAUACUCACUCUCAAGCAUACUAAAAGCUGAGAGUUAGCACUUUAACCUUACAGUCUUUGUUUCAUUACCAAUAUGCUGCACUACAGAGUCAAAACACCAGAAAAUUUCCUACUGUCCAAAUAUUUCUGGUCAGCAUUGUUUGUGUUUUUUAGCUCAAGAUGGCGAGACUUGUGUGAGUGUUUAAGAAAAAGCCAGCGGUCCUGGAAUAUUUCACUUAUGUUCAGGCAUUUUAAGCUGUCGAUGGAGUUGUAUUCUCCACCAUGCUGCAGACUCGGUGCAUGCGUGUGUGUGUGUGUGUUGUGUGGGAGAUUAUUAGCGUAUGGACAGAGCCACACGGAGGGUUCCAGUGGAGGGGAUGCAGAGUCGACUGUGAGGGGUGAUGACAGUGACUCCUAUGAACAAUGCCUUUCUGCCCCCGUCCCACCUCCCUUAUUCUCAGGCAGGCCCAUUGCAAGGAGAGUCCCAGGACCCUCUCAACCCAGUUUUCCCCAUGGGAAAUAUCUGACAUUAACCGUAGCACAUGUUUGCCAUAUAACCCGUAGAUUUAGGAGAAAAAAAAACAUUGUAUGUAUGAUGAAUGAUGGAGUUAUGUAAUAGGAGCCUGAAAAGACGUUUUAUUCUUCUGUGGUGCAUUGACUGCCUGGAACACAUACAUUUGCACAUACUUGCUAUCACACUUCUUCUGACACCUGGCACUACCCCAGGUAUUGACACAUCCACAUCCUCCCACCACCCCACCCUAAGCCAGAGAUGUGUAAACAUGGACCACAUUUAGCCAGCACCACCUUUCUGCGUUACUCCUCCCAAAAAAGGGAAAUCAAAGAUGGGUGUUUACGUGUAUAUUAUGUUCUUAAGAAAAACAAAAUACCGUGAAUUGAACUAUUUUGACCUUAUAUUGUCAUUAGUAUGACACUAUUUAGCUGCACUAUGAGAGCCUCGUUUGUGGCAAGAAACCACUGGGUCUGGUCUGGAUGAGAGACAGGCUGGUUGUGUCGCUAGCUGUCCCAUUAAACUACAGCAACGCCCCUGGUUAAAGGACUCCUACCCCCCGCCUCUGUACGACUCAUGGUUUCAGCUCUUAGAGGACAAACAAAAAAAUAUAUAUUUUUAACUUUUUUUUUUCAUGUUCCCAUAUAUAUUUUAGAAAGCUGGGUAAGUGCUAUAUGCAAACAGAAAAGAUGUAUGAAAGAAUUAUUGUUUUUCAUUUACUUCUCCCUAAUAUGCAAUGGUGUGUAGUGUAACAAUGGUUGCAAUCCUCUGUCACUUUAAUGCUGUAUGUGCACAUUGGUUGCUGUGUGGAUGUGGGUGCCGAGGCAACAGGACUUGACAAUGAUGGGAACUAAUGGUUGUCACUCUGCAGCAGCGCCGUGUUCCCAGACUGCCUUAUUCGUUCUGACCAAUCACAAGAGCCCUUUAAAUCCCGGGCCGCAGCCACCGCUACAGGCUGACCAAGCUGUCGUCAGACGAAUAUCGCUGUUCUAUUUUCUUCUGCUUUUCCUCGCUUUUCCUUUCUUUCUUUUUUUUUCUGCUGUCAGGUAGGAUUUGGAGCAUGUAAAUGGCAUAAUCAUGUUCACAUUUCACUGUCUGUUCUGUGUAUCUGCUUCACCAUUCAAAGAGAAAAAGAGUCGUUUUCCAGUAUAACCUGUUCAUUUUUAAGAGCCGUAUGAUGCGACACUUGUAGCUGUCACUCUUGGUGCUUGGCUUAUGCUUCAUUGUCUUAAUAUUCCAAAUAAAACUGUUAAGUGUAAUCCACACUGGCCCAUGAUAUAA